CAAACUACUAAUGAUCAAAAACUUGCAAUGGUGAUGUUUAUUGAAAAUCCAGAAAAUCGAAAUAUUAUUGAUGGAAAAGCAGUGACUGGUCUUCCUAUAAGUGGUAAACCUGUAACAAAAAAUGCCAGAUAUGCACAAAUGGCUUUAUUUGUAAACAAGCGUUGCAAAGACAGUAAUUGGGAUGCUAAAAUUGCAAAUGAAAAAGAUCAUGAGAAUGGAAUAAAUACCAUAGAAGCUAAAUUAGAAGAUCUAUGUCCAUAUUAUAGUAGAAUUGAUAUAAUCUAUGAAAAUAAUGAUAAUUCCAAUGAUACUCAAGUUCAAAAAAAUAAUUUAUCCAAUUAUAAUAGUAGCGAUAAUAUAAAUAAAGAAAAAGGGUUAGAAAAUAACAAUAAUUCCAAUAAUAUUCAAGAUCAAAGAAAUAAUUUAUUUAAUUUUAAUAAUAACAAUGAUAUAGAUAAUAAGAGUGAAUUAGAGAAUGAUGAAUUGAAAAAAACAUCAUUGUCUUUUAUAUUAGAUGAAUUUACUUUGAAUGAUGAUGAUGAUGAUUUAAUCAUAUUGAAUCAUAAAUAA